AUGCCGCCGCCCUCGUCCUAUCAGCCAGUCGGGGCGCACCCCUCGCCGUCCACCUUCGAGCGCACCUCGGCCGUCCUCCGCAGCCGACGAGUGCACGCCCUCGUCGCCGCCUGCUUCGUCCUCGCCCUCGUCACCUGGACGUUCCCCGCCACGGCGUAUGACGACGUUGCCGCCCACGUCGCCAAGCUGCACAGCGACGCCGCCGCACUCGCACCCUGGCUCGGCGUCGACGCGCUCGCGGGUUCGGGCGGCGAGGCGAGCGGCAGUGUCGACGCAGCGGCGACGCGGUGGCCCGAAUGCAAGCCUGCGCAGCCGAGGUCCGACGACGGCGUCGACGCGCACGAGCACCGCGUCGCGUACCUGUUCAUGGUCCACACCGAGGAGACGCUCGAGGGCGCCCGCCAACUUGUCGAGCACCUGUGGCACCCGGACGACCUCUUUGUCGUGCAUGCCGACGCCAGGAUGAACGACUCAGUCGUCGAGCGGUACCGAGCGAGCAUGGGCGUCUGCGGCAACGUCCAGCUCGUCGACGAGGAGCGCGUCGACGUCGAGUGGGGCAAAUGGAGCGAGGUGUUCGCCGAGGUCACGCUCGUGCGGCACGCACUGCGCAGCGACGUGCCUUGGACUAAGACGAUCCUCGUCGACGGCACGUCCUGGCCUCGUCUCGGCGCCGCCGACCGCCAGGCGUGGCUCUCGAGGUGGCAGGCCACCCUCGAGGCCGGCGGCGACGGUCCACCACCCGCGCCGGUCUGCAAGGCCGAGUGCUCGCGCGUCCUCGGCCGGCGCGCGUGGGACGUCACCUGCAUCGACUGCGGGCGAGGACCUGCGCGGUGCGUCGAUGCCGAGUGCACGGCGCUCGACCUGACGCCCGGCGGAGCCCAAGUGCGCAAGACCCACCAGUGGUUCCUCCUCACGCGCGACAUGGCCGAGUACGCCGUCAACGGGCCCGACUACGACGCUUGGGCCGCCUACUUCAUGCAGGUCCACGCGCCGAGCGAGCACUUUUUCGUCACGAUGCAGUACACCCAGUACCCGACGCUCGGCGACCUCCCUCCCGCCGUCUACGUCGACUGGGUCCGGCCGUGCAAGUCGCACAAGUCGACCGAUGGCUCGCACCCUUGCGAGCUCGGCAUCAAGGACCUCGAGCGCAUCCGCCACGGCGACGGCCUCUUUGCGCGCAAGAUCCGCCUGAACGAGACGGCGCUCCGGACAGCGCUCCUCGACGGGCAAGAGGCCGUCGUCAGCUUCCCGUCUCUCGAGCGAGCUUCUUCUUAG